UGAUGGAUUUGAUCAAAUAUUAAACAUAUUUUUAAGUUGCAUUGACAAAACAAACACAAGUAGAAGCACAAGGUUAGUCCCGUUCAGGGAGCUUGCAGGGAAAGGUCGCGCUCAGCAUAUUGGAACGCGUCCUUCCAGCGUGUUGCUGUUACUAGGAGGCGCUGUUGGAGGCCGGAAGAGUUGGAGACGAGCACGAUGAUGAUGGUGGUCGAACAGGGGUUGAGAGGGACUGAGCUAAAUUAGUCUCCACAGCCGAGGCUUUGUGCGCCUCAGCGGCUGCGAUCUGCGUCUACACGCGUCGGGACUGAAGGAGAAAGGCUGCUUUCUGUUGUGCAGUAUGAUCUCAGAUGCUCCCCCCCCUCUGGGAACCUCACAUGUCCACAGAACUGUGAUCUACUUCCACGUUUGAUUCAUCAGGCUGUCGAGGGGGGCGUGGCUUCAUGGUGUCCGUUUCCUGUCCGGAGUGCGGAUGCGUGGGCGUGCAGAGAUGGAGAGCUAUGAGGAGUUCUGUCUGCGGAGUUUGGCCUCACUGCAAGAAGAGGGGAAACUUCGAAACAAGAUGCGUGAACCUUUCCUCUCCCUAAAGGCUCAAUCUGCCAUCUACUUUUACGGAAGGGCUGUGCUUUCCCCUCUGCUGAACGCACAGCAACACUCCGAGAUGUGCGGCUACAAGCAGAAGGCGGUCCAGCUGGAGCGGGACAGACAGAACCAGCAGAGAAAUAAGCUGCUGGCUCAGAACAUUCUGGAUCAGGUGCAUAAAGUUUCAAGCAAAGAGGAGGACAAGGCACCGGUCUUUCAAUCUCCAAAAAUCGGUGGGUACACCCUGGUUACUGACUCUCCCGGACUCCUCAGACAUCCUGGAUUUGGAUCUCAAGUGAAGGAGCCAGCGAUCUCACCCCUCAACGGUUACAGAGCAGGAGAAGACGUGGCCGCAGAGAAGCAGGAUAAGAGCGAGGAUGAAGGAGAUGACGAUGAGGAUAUUAGCUUGGACAGCCUUCUGAAGCGGUCGAGGGAGUACGUGAAGAAAGAGCAGCAGGGAUCUAAAGCCGUCCGCACAGUCAGCACGACGCCCUCGCCAGAAGCCUCGUUCCUGAAAGAGGAGAGGAAUCCUGUGAAGGACACAGGAGUUGAGUUUGGAUUCAGUCUGCACCAUAGUCCGAUUGGGGCGCCUCCCAUCCACCAUCAAACUCUGUAUGACCCCAACUCUCAAAAAUCCGUCUCACCAAGCAAAUCAGAACAAAUCGCUUCUCCUCCUCUGGAGCCCAGCGUCCUUUCUUUUCCAAAUAGACGCAAGCCGCGACCACUUUCCACGGGGAAUAUCCACAUCUCAUUCCCAAUUAGCCCAACUGACCUUAUUCCUCGAAGCCCAGGAAGGUCAGGGGAAGCUUCAUCAGCAGCUUUUACAUCCGCCGUUCAGUGUUGCCCCAUGAAGAAGGACGGUACCAACCGUCGAUCCAGUCACUGUGAUGCUAGUCCAGAGCUGGAGAACAGACGCCCCGUUAGUGCCACAGUGCUACACCACGAUCAUCUGACUGCAGGUUUUCGCCGCCGCUGCCACACGCUGGACAGUCAGAUGAACACUUACCAGACUGCAGCAGGACACGUAGACCGCAGUCAAGAAAGAGUGCCUCGCUUCAUGGCAGGGGUUGUGCGCCUUCCCCCCACCCGGCACACCUCUACUGCCCCUUCAAACCAGUCGUUCGAAGUGGACAGCUCCUUUUCAUCUCUGUCACGGCCACACACAACACCUGACGCCGUCACAUUCAGGCUAAAGCAUGAUGAGCCAAACAGCGCCAUGAAAGCAUCAACCCUCUUCAGAACUGGCAACACAGUAAUCCCAACAGAGGACUCCCAGUGGCGAGCACAAGCUCUGGAGAGCAUGCAGAAGCGCCUGGAAGAGGAGCAUGGCUUAAAGAUGUCUCUGCUCCUCGCUGAGCAGGAGAAGGAGCAACAGUGCCCCCACUUGGUCAGCUCAUGCAAUCACAAAGAGCUUGAGGAGAGAAGAUCGAUGGAACAGGGUUUUGUGGGUGAAAAUCCCUGUGGGUGGAACUGUAGGAGUGUGAACAGCAGCUGUCCCGCCAUUAGUCCUUCCUGUCCUGGACUGAGCCCGGUUAGAACUCCGUCAGAGCUAUCGCCUGGACACACUUUAGGUUUUCCCAAUCCUAGUGUAACCUUUCCCUCUGUCCAGCUUCCUGUCUAUCUGUGGAGUUCCACUCGGGGAACCAACAAAUCCAGAGCAAGCUUGAGCUUGGUUUUGACAGCAGAGCAGCAGAGAGCGUUCUGCCAAAUCUGCGCCAUCGUUCGCGGCUUCCUCGUGCGCAGGCUGCUAAAGACAGAAAAAGUAAAGAAUCUACGCCAAACCAUCGUGGACACGCAGGAGUUUAUCCGCUCAUUUCAGACUGAAGCAGAGCAAAAGAGGAGCACCUACUCGGAACAAGAUAUCUCUUUACAGGAGCGAGUCAGAGCCCAGUUGCGUGCAGCCCUGUAUGACAUCCAUGAUAUUUUCUUUGAAAUGCCAUUGAUGGAUCGCUUGAUGCUCCUGCAGCAGGAGAGGGAGCUGCGUGCAGAGAGGAAACUGCGAGAGCUGGAGAAAGCUAGGAGCACCAAAGAGAGAUUGUCUCUUUCUGCCGCCACACAGAGAUCUCUGGACAGAAAAAAGAGAGUCGGGGAAUCUCCAGCACAGACCAGGAAGGGGCAGCCAAAGCAAAAAAGCCCAACCACCAACAGAGUUCAGAAGACAAGUCAAGGCCAGAAUUGCUCCAAUCCAGGUCAACUGAACCGCCAGGGGAGCUGGUACAGAAAAACUCCAGAGGAGAGAGUAAAGCGCUCAGACAGCCUGAAGAAGCAGCAUUCUCUGGGUUAACCCGAGAAAAUCCUGUGAACUUGAAUGUUUCGUCAUUUAUUACAUUUCCCCUAUCACUGAAACUCACCAAUGCUGCUGAAAAAAAAGCAGAUUUGAGUCUAUUGCUUAAACUGAAAUGGUUAUAACCACUACCACAUUUUAUAUCAAUCAUAAACACUGUCACAUGUUACGCUGCUUUUUGACUUGUGCCACCUGCUCAUGCAAUUUUUUAAAAAUGUCAGUUAAAGUUUGAGGGAACUCUGAUGUUAUUGAAGGAAAUAUUUAAAAAAAAGUUUAAGAAAAGUCACAGGUAAAUGUAGAAAAGAUGGAUCUGUGCCUCUAAUUAUACCUUAGUAUAUUGAGCAUGCAGGUUUGUGAAAAAUGUGCGGAUAAGUGCUUAUUAUACAUUCAAAGUCACAUUACAUGUAUCAUUAUAAAACACAAACCUUAAGUCAUAAAUAUAUGCUUUUUUUAAGGGCUUUGAGUACCUCCAUGUGCUUUUUAAGUUUAUGGUGCUGAAUUUACAUGAAUCCUAAGACUUUACUUAAAUAUAAAAAAGUAUUUAUAUCUAGAUCAGUUUGUUUAUACUUUGUGGUGCUGUUACAGUAAUGUAGCGUUACAUGGAGAUGCACAGCAGCCCAACAGUUUCUUAAAAAAAAUGAUAGUAAACUAAAGGAAAGCCUUACAAACUGAAAGUCAUCUUGGUCAAAGCACAUGUCACUGAAUUUGUAUGUGGUAACAACCUACAGACCUUCAUGUAGUUCUCAUGUCGUCAUAGAAUUUGGUGUUCAUGGUUCCUGUUACAUUUCUGUGAUAUCUCUAAGUGUAUUUAUUUAUUUUUAUUUAAGAUUGUUGUGUUUUAUAAGGCCUCAAUAAACAAUCUUAAAGAAAA